UAUUUCUGAGAUGGCACAUGAAAAGGUCCGUGGGACUUUAGGCUCCUGUGUGCAGCUCAUGGUGGUGAUAGGCAUCAUGGGAGCUUAUCUUGGAGGUCUCUUUAUGGACUGGCGUUGGUUGGCGAUCUGCUGCUCCAUCCCACCGACGCUGCUGAUGGUCUUUAUGUCCUUCAUGCCUGAAACGCCCCGCUUCCUGCUGUCACAGGGCAAGCGAAGGGAGGCUGUGGAGUCACUGCGCUUCUUACGUGGACCAGACGCUCCUGUCGAAUGGGAGUGCGGCCGCAUUGAGGAAGCAUGUGAUGAGCAGGGCUCUAAAUUCCAGCUGUCUGACCUGAAGGAUCCUGGUGUCUACAAGCCUCUGGUGAUUGGCAUCAUGCUGAUGAUCUUCCAGCAGAUGAGCGGGAUCAACGCCAUCAUGUUCUAUGCUGAGAAUAUAUUUGAACAGGCACAUUUUAAGCAAAGUGACCUGGCGUCAGUGAUCGUGGGUCUCAUUCAGGUCGUCUUUACUGCAGUAGCAGCGCUUAUCAUGGACAAGGCUGGAAGGAAAGUCCUUCUCAUUAUCUCAGGUGUUGCCAUGGCCAUCAGCACCACAGCAUUUGGAGUUUACUUCUACCUGAUGUCCUUACUUCCAGAACCCCAUGGUGACCUGGCCUGGAUGGCUCUGGCCAGCAUAGCGGUGUUCAUCACAGGUUUUGCUCUCGGCUGGGGUCCGAUCCCGUGGCUCGUCAUGUCAGAGAUCUUCCCGGUGAAAGUGAGGGGGUUUGCCAGCGCUGUCUGCGUCCUCACCAACUGGAGCAUGGCAUUCGUCGUCACCAAAAACUUCCAGGAUAUGAUGAGUCUUCUAACCAGUGCAGGAACUUUCUGGCUAUUUGCUUCCAUGUGCAUCCUGAAUGUCAUCUUCACCAUGAUCUUCGUCCCAGAAACCAAGGGCAAGACGCUGGAGCAAAUCGAAGCAACUUUCAGAGGGAUGUCAGGUCCCUGAAGAUGCCACAUGUAAAGACUAAAGGACAAAACUGCUCGUAUUCUUUGCUAUUAUUAACACUUUAUCACCUUUGGGUAUUACAGAAACGGCUGAAAGAAGUAAUCCUUCGUGAAGGUUAUGAUUUUCAGUAUUUGUGUACGAGGCAUUGAUUCGUCUGUUGUUCAUGACGCCAUUGAACUGUAAUGCAUCAGUAAGGUUCUGCCAAAUUUGAGCUGUUUUCAUGUGAAAUCUGUCCAGAAUCCUUUAAUGUAAGAUAAUCUGAUAAGGCAAUUAAGUGCAGUCCUUUCAGUUUUGUGAUACUGAGAGUCUACAGAGGGGACCAGAUUCAGGCUAAAGGGGGGCUGACUCUAUACUGCCCCCAGGUGUACUCUUUCUUGCAGUUCUGAUCAGUAAAGACAAUUUUGGCAAGUUUUCCUCAGGACAGCAGUUUAGCAUGAAGUUGGUAUUUACGAACACAGCACAGGCACAUAUAACACGCCGAGGGUUGUAGUAAUGGAUUCCAGUGUUGCUUUCCCUAUAAAAUGAAAUGCCAAAAAUACAUAUAAGCUACUGUUUUUCCCUCUGUUUGUUUAAACAGAGCUUCUAAAUUGAGCAGGCAGACACGUGCAGUGACUUCUUCCGGGUCAUUUACGUUUUUUUUCCGUUGCUGGAUAAGAAUAUUUUCUAUUGUUCUCUUUUUAAGGACUCUAGCAAAAGACAGAACAAAAGUAUAACAUUUUGGUAGAAGUGAGUAAGCUGUUUACACUAAUUUACCUGUGUGUAAUUUACACCAUCAGGGAAGAUUUAUGUGAUGGCAUUGUUCUUUUGGGAUUUUUUUUUUAGCUGUGAACUGUACAAAUGUGUUUUUUCUUUUUCUUUAAAGUUUUAUAAUCAUUUUUCUUUUGGGAUACACUUGAAAAAUGUUUUAAACACACAUUAUAUGACUUGUACACCCUUGAGGUUAUGAUAAUAGUCACGUAAGUCCCAUUGUGAAGUAGUGACUUAUGUUAAUUAAAUAUCACCUUUUCUUAAACAUGUUGUUUUUGUUGAUCACUCUACUGGAAAAGAAUAAUAAUCAUGUUUUUGUUUUUUUUUAUUUAGUUUGUGAUCAAUAAAGAUGUUUCUAUUAAUGUGUCUAUGUAUUCUUUAAAAAUUCAUUGUGAAUUUCACCUGAACAGAAUAAAGUCAUGGUUAUUUCCCUA